CCAUGCUUCUAGACUUGGUGACUCGCUCUCCGUGUCAUCCCUCUCUUGAACCAUACCAGGCAGGUCGUGUGCUACCUCUUGCGGCGUAAAGCGCGCCUUGACCAGGCUGCUAUCAGAAUACGGUACACCUCAGGCCUCACAAUGACCCGCGCGGAUUCUCCUCCAUCUCCUCUGCGCUCUCCACCCCGCUCAAGUGAGUCAAGUCGCUCAAGCCGCGGGAAACGGUCAAGCAAGGACCACGAGAAGAGUCUUCUGGGAAGUGCCUCGCGGGAGCUGGUGAAGCUGCUUGUACACGAGGAGCAUGAAGCCAAGCAACUACGCAGCAUGCUCCAAAUCCUCUCUGAGCGACUCAACAACGAGACCUCCCGUGCCGACGCUGCAGAGGCCCGAGCAGAAGACGCCGUCCUUCGCUUCAAACAAGUGAACGAGGCGCGGCUGGCCGCGGUUCAGAACGCCUCCCGCUUGCACGAAGAGCUCGAGCUCUACAAACUUCAGCUUGAAAAUGCACAGCGAGAGAUUCGAAGAGCUCAAGAGCUGCUCGAUGCGCUCGAGCUGCAGCGUUUUGAUGCUGAGGAGGCGGCAGCUCGGGCCCGGAGUACGGCUCGCAAGCUGAAGGAAGAAAAGAUCGUUCAGCUUGCGCGGGACGAAGGUAGGCUCGAAGGUGUCCGGGAGGGUAUCACGCGCGGCCGCAUUAUCGGCUACGAAGAGGGUCGCUGCGAAGCUUGCGCUCGUGGCCAUCCACCACCUCCUGCGCGGGAGUUUAAGCGCGGGACUGCGACACCUCCGGAUAACCCUCCUUUCGAUGACUUCAGAACACAGACCUUCGCACCCUCGGAGUCAGACUCGACUGUGCAAGAACAGUCGCGACAGGAACUACGACAAGAGCAAUCACAACAGGAUCAGCCACGGUCAGACCGAUCGCCAUCUCCGCAAGAGAAGAUUGUGGUGCACUCUCCUCGGACACCAGCCCUGCGACAGAGCCCUCCACAAAGUCCGCAGCCUGCAAUUCAUCCUAUACCCAUUUACAACAUUCCACCUUCACCUAAACCCUCGGUUGCUGACUAUCCCCCCGAGGGCUGGAUACCGUCGGUCGAUCCAGAUCAGCGUAUUCGUCUGCCCCCACCGCAUGAAAUGUCUCCUAAUCCUUUUACGCCAGCACACACUCCACCGCCUACUCACAUCCUUCCGCCUACGACGCCUGAACAGCCCAUCCUCAUGAUCCCACCUCCGUCGCAGAGGGCGACAGUCGAGACCGUUCGGGACAGCGACUCUGUCAGCGGUGCUGAGGCAGUCCGACGGCCUAUCAGGCGCCGCAAGUCCAGUGACAGCCAGUCUACAACGUUCUCGCAGUUUGAUAUCGUCGGUCCUCCAAAUGCUCCACCCGUUCGUGCAAAUUCCACCCACAGGCCCAAUGUUCUCAGCGCUAUCGUUGAGGAGAGACCUUCAUCCGCGGAGGCCUCACCGUACGUACGUCCGGCGAGCCCUCGUACUCCUAGUCCGGUCACGAUGCCGUCACCUCAGGCACCUAUUCCAAUCAUGCCCCUUAGCACGCAGGAGGAUUACUACAGACGGCCGGGGAGUAGCUCAUCAGCAGGCACUAGCACUCGCCGAGCGCCUUCUCGUAGUCAAUCGCGAGGACAGUUGAGACCACCCCCAGCCAGCCCGAUGGGCAGCAUUGCGUCAAACGCUGGCUUCAACAUCACCGUCGAGCCACCUUCUCGUCCGUCGUCAGGUCGCUCAGGCUUCAUGGCAAACGAGCAAGGCAUGCUCAGCGCAAGCGAUGCGGAGCACCCGUCGGCACCAUCCUCUCCGGCCCAGCCCCAGCCUUCACAAGUGCCAGAAGCUCAAUCAUCUCCUCAGCCCAUUCCAAUUCCUCACGGGCAGCUCCCUCCUGGAUUCAUCCCGAUUGGACCUCCGGUGCCGUCUCCUCAAAUCACUACCCAAAAUGUCACCAGGGAGACGCCUGCGGUCUAUGGACUGUAUACACCCGCCUCCGGCGCAGGCGACACCCCACCGUCAACAGAGCCCGUUGUGGUCCCCCUGUCGGGCCCGCCUCGCUACAGCCGCUCGGCGCUGCAGAAGGAUUCGUCCGACGAGUCGUCGUCGAACUCAGAUCCCGUCUCGUCCUCCAUGUCGAGUUCGUCCAUGGACUCGUUCACGACGCCGCCGCAGCGCAGGAGACCGGUUCCGCCGCCGCCGUACGAGGUGGCGGAGACGCCGCCGGACAUCACGUACCCGCUCCCGCCCUCGCGCACGUCGAGUGCUGCACGCGUGCCGCUACCGCCGUCUACCGUCGCGGACAGCCCGCAGACGACGAUCGCCGGCGCGCGCGUCCCGUUGCCUGCGUCUACCGUCGGCAGUCCACGCUCGGUCUACACACGGGCGUCUAGGCGAGGCGCGGCGACGCCUAGUGCCGUUGGGCAGCCUAGCGAGACACCGCCAAUCGUCGUGCCUUCGCGCAGUACAGGCUCAUGAAAUAUGUGGCGCCAUACUUUCGACCUCUGAGUUGGAUGAAUCGACGUUUUCCAGCUAUGAUGACAUGCCAUGAUUUUAUCAAGUUCGGACUUCUACAAGUCCCGUAUGACUACUAUGCAAUAUUUCCUCGGAACGUUUGGUGUACAGUAGACUAUGUGCCAGAUUGGCUGUUGUAGAAUAUCGCAUUCGACGCUCCGAAACUCACUUUACAUGCUUUGAACUUAUUUAGACAUCCUGAAGUAUCUUGUUGUAUCUCACGCCACACACGUAUUGACA